UUGGGCCCCACAUGCCGAAAGAAAGUCUACAAAAAGGAAGAAAGAAGAAAUGCCAAGUGCAUAAGGAGAAGAUGGAGGGAGGAGAGAAGAAGCACUUCGUUCUAGUGCAUGGUGCUUGUCAUGGAGCAUGGUGUUGGUACAAGGUGGCUGCACUACUAACAUCUGCAGGCAACCGAGUUACGGUCGUUGAUCUUGCGGCUUCAGGCAUCAAUACGAAGAAGUUCGAGGACGAGGUCCUUACAUUUUCUGACUAUUCUCAGCCGUUGCUGGACAUCAUGGCCUCUCUCCCUCCACAGGAGAGAGUGAUCCUGGUGGGCCACAGCCUUGGAGGUUUGAACCUGGCUCUAGCCAUGGAUAGGUACCCAGAGAAAGUGUCUGUCGCAGUCUUCCUAACUGCGUUCAUACCGGAUUCUUUUAACAGGCCAUCUUAUGUCUUGGAUAAGUAUAUGGAGAGGACACCUCUGGCGCUCUUCCUCGACACUGAAUUCAAGUUAGAUCGAGGGACGGAAAAGCCCUCAACGAUGCUCUUUGGCCCCAAGUUCUUGUCAAAAAUGCUCUAUCAACUCUCCCCUCCAGAGGACUUCACCUUGGCAACUACACUGGUAAGGGUUGGAUCGUUGUUUCAAGAAGAUCUGUCAAAUGCACCGAUCUUUUCAGUGGAGAGAUAUGGGUCAGUUAGGCGAGUUUUCAUCAUAUGCGAUGAAGAUAAAGGGAUACCCAAUAAUUUUCAGCAUUGGAUUGUCGAGAAUAACCCGGUGAAAGAAGUGAAAGUGAUCAAUGGUUCCGAUCACAUGCCCAUGUUCUGCAAACCGCGGGAGCUAUGCGAUUGUCUACUAGAGAUUGCCCAGAUGCACACUUGAUCCGUGAGACCCUCUUGAGAAGACUAUGGUGUUUGGAUAUUGAUUGCUUAGUAGACUCUAAUAUUUCCUUUAUUAUCCAAACACAAGAAAAUAUCCUAAAUAAAGGAAAGCAAUGUAUUUGAUAUUAAUGAUGAAAGUAAUAAAUGUUAUUUCAUAUUUAGUCCAUGUUAAUGAUCUGUAGUGAUUGAUCAUGUGUAUUGCAUUCAUAAUAUUAUUUUUUUAGUGAUUGAGACUACCUACAUGUGAGACCUUUA